AUGUCAUCAUCUGAGCUCUCGCUUGAGUCGACCAAGCGCUUCCAUCGUGUGCCCAUCGGAUUUGGUCCGGCCCCCACCCCGCGACAGGACCACGAGGGCAAGCGCUUCGACUGGAGCAAAGCCCAAGCGAAGACGAUCGGUAAGUGAUGAGUCUGAGCAAUCUGGAUGCUCCCGGAGUUGUGGAAUCGUCCUUGUCGCUUAUAUUACUUCCUCGGCGGCUUUCCUGCAUGGUAGACGUGACGUACACUUCGGACCACGCCGCGCUGGAUGCGAUUCUGCUCGAUGGGUAUGCGACCGACAAGUCCAAGGACGCUGUCGUCUUGUUUGAGGUCAUGGAACUCCGCAACCUUCCCUGGCUCAAUGGCCGAGGCUACAACACGUGGGGCGUCUAUGUCGCCAAUGUUGUGUGUUUGAGGUGAGCCCCAUUCACAUUUGUCGGCCGUUAUGUAACCCUCUAAAAUCUUGCCCGAUCCUUGACCCUUGCAGGACCAAGAAGCCAUACACCGGAAGUUACAUAUCUGUCUUAUUCGAGACAUUGUGAGUCUCUUUCAGGUGCAACAACUUUCACAACAGCUUGCUGAUUAGCGUCGACCACUCGGCUACAGCACGGAUCCCAUCACGACCGGUCGCGAGGUCAGUUUUUUGUUGGGAUCACCCCGAGUCUGAAGAGUGUUCCACCCUCGCUCAUCAUUCGCUGUACUGUGUCUUUGUUCAGGAGCUGGGCUUCCCCAAGCUUUGGGCUGAACUCCCGGAUGGCAUAAUUGAAGGCUCGAACCGCACCCAUAUCGUUCGGAGCCGAGUUCAUGCGACUCGAGCUGUCGGGCCUCGUCGACAAGCCGGUCGAGGAAGCUCCGGCGCACCACCCUCGAGCCUGGACGCACCGUGAGUCCAUUUAGAACAUCAUCUCACGAGUUUGAAGCUUUGUCCGACCAUUCACGGUAUACAAACAGCGACUCAAUCUGGAAUUCUGCACCAUCGCUACGUCCCGACCGUCGGGCAACCUGGCCAGCACGAUGCGAGCUACACGACGUGGUGCCCACCUCCUCCGGGAAAGGCGCCGGUGAUCGCGUAUCAGACGGUUGAGAAAGCUGACCUGAACAGCAUCAGACUCGAGAUCUUUGAGAAGAGUUGGGAGGAGCUACCGACACUUUGGAAUGUUGUCAAGGGCCUGAAGUCGCUUUCGAGAAAGGAGGUUCUCGAAGUUGCCGUGCAGACUUUCCAGGGAGCGAGCGAUUUGAUUACCAACCAGAAGGUAGAGUGA